AUGAAGGUCAUCAUCGUACCUCACGAUGCUCACGCACUUCGUGGAACCGCCGAUGUUCCGUGUGACGCGUACUGCAAAAAACUAGAAGGGGCUUUCCUCGACUUUUACAGCUUGGAUGAAUAUCGUGAACUGUACAAACAGCGCCUCGAUGUGCUGUUCAAACACUACCCUUCUCAAGCUUUUGAUGGCAGGCCGUGGAGUGAACUAUCAGAGGUCAUUCUCGGUGUCGAUCUGCAAAAUCAGCCUUUCAGCGGCAUCUGGCCCAUUCCCGCUGGCGAAAGCUGGCUUUGCGACAUUGCCACGCAUCUCAAGUUCAACAUCGGCCUAGAUCAAGCCAACAUUGCAGUCAUUAGUGGCGGUAUCUCCGGACCGCAAAGCGUUGAUGGCAUUCAGAACUUCCCUGACAGUGCGAUGGAAUGUGCUGCCAUCGAUAAAGACUUUGAGGAGACUGCAGGCACCUCAUGGGCGAAGAUGUUUGUGCCUGGAAACACGCUGACUGCCCGAAUGAAGGGGAAGAAGGGUGAAGAUAAGCUGCUGCUGGUGGAAGAAUGGUCAUACGUGCAUAGCAAAUUUGGCCACUUCUACAAGAAAGAGGCAAUUUUCGAUCAAGGGAACGCGCUGAAUUAUAGGGGAAUCCCAUGGCUUUACUCUCAUCUGACGACUUUGGAAGAAGGUCUGACAGCUCGCGUCAAUCCUCUCCGCACAGAGUUCACAUCCUGGACGGCUCUCAAAGACGUCCUUCAGCGCUCAUACACGGCCCGGAGCAACUUUGAUUGGUCAAAGCAUCUUCCCCCGCCACCCGAUGCUGCUCUCACAAACGUCACAGCAGUCCAACUAAACCCCUACAUUCCCGAGCAAAGCGACUGUACCUUCGGCUGCGAGGGCUACCUCUGCGACGCGGCUGACGGCUGCGCACCAAACCUCAUCUGCAAAAACAGCAUCUGCCAGCAAAACAUUGACAACCAGCCUGGAAAGAUCGGCGACCAAUGCAACAGCAAGAAGAUCUGCCAGACGCACCUGCGCUGCGAGAAGGGUGAAUGUCAAGAAUGCUCCGUCCGCCCAUCCAUCCAACCCAAAAGUAAACGUCAGUGGACCGGCACCGAUCCUCCCCCGCAAGAUCCAAGCACAAAAGUCAUCCCAAACUCCCUCACUGCAUCAUGCCACACCGACUCUCUCCCCACGCUCUUUUCCCACCGCACGCCACACCCCAUCUGCCUGGCCCCAACGCCCAACAACCCCUGCGAAAAAGCCUCACACUGCGACGUCGAUUCGUACUGUAACUGGGGCGUGUGCACGCGCUGCACAUCCGGCGAUUCGUGUCUGGGCGCCAAAUGCCGCAGUAAUAACAAGUGUAAGACGGGGUUCUGUAACAACUUUGGUCGAUGCGAUUAUGCGGGGCAGAAGAAGAUUAUAUCAGGGCCGGGCGCGAGGGGGAAGAGCAGGAAUUCAAGGGUGCCGGGCGUGCCGAAGGGGCAUGAGAGGGGGCCGGCGAAAGUGAGGGAUGAGGCGAUGAGGGUGAAUAUUCCGGGGGAGAAGGCGGAGGAAACAGCGAGAGCUACGGCUACCGCGACGGCGUAG